AUGGAGUUUGUGAAUUCAACCUACCUAGCCGCUGCAAAGCUUCUUCCAAGCGCCGCUCCAUUACGCAAGGGAUAUGGUGGGACAGUUACAGCCCCCUUCAUCGUCAAAUACGAUCCAUGGACCGUCUUCGAAAAGGCCUAUACAGCACUCACUGGGCACUCGAGUGACAGGUUCCGCUUUGUGCAGGGCCAUACUCCUCUGUCUACAUUCAAAGAAGCAGCUGUCUUUAUCAUAACCUACUAUGCUGUCAUCUUUGGUGGGCGGGAGUUGAUGCGCCACCGGGAAGCAAUGAAACUCAACCGGCUCUUCAUCAUCCACAACUUCUUUCUGACGGCGAUAUCUGGUGGCCUUUUGAUCUUGUUUGCGCAACAACUUAUCCCUACGUUGUGGGAGAACGGGUUGUUCGACGGUAUUUGCGGCUCGUCAGGAUGGUCACAGAAGUUGUUGGUGCUGUACUACCUCAACUAUCUAACCAAAUAUGUCGAACUUCUCGACACUGUUUUCCUGGUCGUGAAGAAGAAGCCCCUCACCUUUCUUCACACCUAUCAUCACGGGGCAACAGCUCUCCUCUGCUACACUCAGCUCGUCGGACAGACAUCGGUUUCAUGGGUUCCAAUUACUCUCAACCUGGGAGUUCAUGUGGUCAUGUAUUGGUAUUAUUUUCAAGCUGCUCGAGGCGUUAAGGUGUGGUGGAAGCAGUACAUCACCAUGUUUCAAAUCGCCCAGUUUGUCCUUGACCUAGGUUUCAUUUAUUUUGCUUGCUACACCUACUUCGCACACACUUAUGCUCCAUGGCUCCCGCACACGGGAAGCUGUGGCCAGAAACGACAAGAGGUCGCUGCCGUUACAGGAUGUGCCAUCCUGUCAUCCUAUCUGGUUCUCUUCAUCUUAUUCUAUUUCUCUACAUACAAGAAGCCAUCCGCCAAAAGGGCACUACGCAAGGUAUCCAAGACGGAGAUUCCCAGCGUGUCACAAACUUCCGAAUUGGCUGCAGACGUCUUGAAGUCGGCCACCACCGCAAUUGUUGCAUCUACGAAUGAGACCGGCUGUGUCCGCGGCUAG